AUGGCCAUCGCACCCAUCCAACCUUUUCAGACAACAUUCGCCGUGCCAUUACAUUGUGAUGGCUGUGUAAAAGAUGUGUCUGGUGCUCUCAACAAGCUGGAUGGCAUAUCGAAAGUCGACGCCGACCUGAAGAACCAACUCGUAUUCAUCGAAGGCACAACACCUCCUUCACAGAUUGUCUCCGCGAUUGAGGCGACAGGGCGAGAUGCUAUAUUAAGAGGUAGCGGAAAGUCAAAUAGCGCCGGAGUUUGUAUUCUGGAAACACAUGCGAAGGUGAAAGAUCCAGUAAAAGGCCUGGCAAGAAUGGUUGAGGUGGGAAGUGGUACCACGUUGAUAGAUCUCACGAUCAAGGGCUUAACGCCUGGCACGUAUCAUGCCACGGUUCGCGAACGAGGUGACAUAACUCAAGGGGCAGCUUCCACAGGCGGAAUAUGGGAAGCUCUCAAGAAUGCCGCAGGCUUCAAGACUUCGCGUGGGUUCUUUGGCGAGAUAAAGGUCGGCCAAGACGGGAGAGGGAGCGCGUUCUUGGACAAGCCAUUCUCGGUAUGGGAAAUCACUGGACGGAGCAUGGUUGUCUCGAGGAAUGCUGACGGCCCAUUUGCUGACGAUGAUGCCGAUAUCUUGGUGGGUGUGAUUGCCAGAAGUGCUGGUGUCUGGGACAAUGAUAAGACAGUUUGCUCCUGUUCAGGCAAAACUGUUUGGGAAGAACGCAAGGAACAGCAGAACCGAGGUAUGCUGUAA